CGUCCGCCUCAGUGCGGAGCCCUCGGCGGUGUGAGGAGCUGCUACCGGCGGCGGCAGCCUCAGUGUCGGCGGCGGCUGUGGUUGCUGGAACCGUAGCCUCACCACACUCAACGCCGCUGACCUCUCUUCCCGUCCUCUCGUCGUCCCUCCGGUAGCUGCGUUCGGAGACCAGAGCGGCCACCCACGCCCGGAGCAUCCUCCCCAGUCGUGCGGGCGCCGACGGACGCGGAGGCAUGAUGCGGCUGCGAGGCUCGGCGAUGCUGCGGGACCUGCUCCUGCGGCCGCCCGCUCCGGUCAGCGCGGCUCUGAGGCGGGCGCAACCCCUGGCGACGCUGUGCCGGCGCCCCCCGGGCGGGGGCCGGUCGGCUGCGGGCCUGGCGGCCGCCGCGCGACUCCACCCGUGGUGGGGCGGGGGCGGCCGGCCGGCGGGGCCCCUCGCCGGGGGCCUGUCCAGCUCUCCCUCGGAGAUUCUGCAGGAGCUGGGCAAGGGGAGCCCUCAGCCGCAGGCCGGGGCGUCGCCACCCGCAGCCCCGCCGGCGCCCGCUCCCAAGGACAGCGCCGGGGAGACGGACGCGUUCGGCAACAGCGAGGGCAAAGAGCUGGCGGCCGCGGGUGAAAAUAAAAUAAAGCAGGGUCUGUUACCUAGCUUGGAAGAUUUGCUGUUCUAUACAAUUGCUGAAGGACAAGAAAAAAUACCUGUUCAUAAAUUUAUUACAGCACUCAAAUCUACAGGAUUGCGAACGUCUGAUCCCAGGUUGAAAGAGUGUAUGGAUAUGUUAAGAUUAACUCUUCAAACAACAUCAGAUGGUGUCAUGCUAGACAAAGAUCUUUUUAAAAAAUGUGUUCAAAGCAACAUUGUUUUGUUGACACAAGCCUUUAGAAGAAAGUUUGUCAUACCUGACUUUAUGUCUUUUACCUCACAUAUUGAUGAGCUAUAUGAAAGUGCUAAAAAGCAGUCUGGAGGAAAGGUUGCAGAUUAUAUUCCUCAGUUGGCCAAAUUCAGUCCUGAUUUGUGGGGUGUGUCUGUUUGUACAGUAGAUGGACAGAGGCAUUCUAUUGGAGAUACCAAAGUUCCAUUUUGCCUUCAGUCAUGUGUAAAACCUUUGAAAUAUGCCAUUGCUGUUAAUGAUCUGGGAACUGAGUAUGUACAUCGAUAUGUUGGGAAAGAGCCAAGUGGAUUAAGAUUCAACAAACUGUUUUUGAAUGAAGAUGACAAACCACACAAUCCUAUGGUAAAUGCUGGAGCAAUAGUUGUGACUUCAUUAAUAAAGCAAGGAGUAAACAAUGCUGAAAAAUUUGACUACGUGAUGCAGUUUUUGAAUAAGAUGGCUGGUAAUGAAUAUGUUGGAUUCAGUAAUGCAACGUUUCAGUCUGAAAGAGAAAGUGGAGAUCGAAAUUUUGCCAUAGGAUAUUACUUAAAAGAAAAGAAGUGUUUUCCAGAAGGCACAGACAUGGUUGGUAUACUAGAUUUCUAUUUCCAGCUAUGCUCCAUUGAAGUGACUUGUGAGUCAGCUAGUGUGAUGGCUGCAACAUUGGCUAAUGGUGGCUUCUGCCCAAUUACUGGUGAAAGAGUCCUGAGUCCUGAAGCAGUUCGCAAUACACUGAGUUUGAUGCAUUCCUGUGGCAUGUAUGACUUUUCAGGGCAGUUUGCUUUCCAUGUUGGUCUUCCUGCAAAAUCUGGAGUUGCUGGGGGCAUUCUUUUGGUUGUCCCCAACGUCAUGGGCAUGAUGUGCUGGUCUCCUCCUUUGGACAAGAUGGGCAACAGUGUUAAGGGAAUUCACUUUUGUCAUGAUCUUGUUUCUCUGUGUAAUUUCCACAACUAUGAUAAUUUGAGACACUUCGCAAAAAAACUUGAUCCUCGAAGAGAAGGUGGUGAUCAAAGGGUCAAGUCAGUGAUAAACCUUUUGUUUGCUGCAUAUACUGGCGAUGUGUCUGCCCUUCGAAGAUUUGCUUUGUCAGCUAUGGACAUGGAACAGAGAGACUAUGAUUCUAGAACAGCACUCCAUGUAGCUGCUGCAGAGGGUCAUGUGGAAGUGGUUAAGUUUUUGCUGGAAGCUUGCAAAGUAAAUCCUUUCCCCAAGGACAGGUGGAACAAUACCCCCAUGGAUGAAGCGCUGCACUUUGGACACCAUGAUGUAUUUAAAAUCCUCCAGGAAUACCAAGUCCAGUACACACCUCAAGGAGAUUCUGACAAUGGAAAGGAAAAUCAAACUGUCCAUAAGAAUCUUGAUGGAUUGUUAUAAUGGUCUUAAAUUCCAAGACGUAAAUCACUUAUCUAUUUAAUUGUGGAAAAUGGUUAUGAAGAACGUGUGUAUCUAUCUGGUAGUGAUGUAUAUUUUACCCUUGUCAUUUCAGUGUUACUGGACCUUUCUUCAUUGUGCACACAGGACAAAUCUGAUUUCUUUGGGGUAAAAAUAGAAAUAAAACAAUCUCCCUCCAUAAUGUGAGAAAUAUUUACCUCGUGCAUUGUAUAAUUGGGUGUAGAAGAAAUAGUUAUCAAUCCUAGCAUAUAACUGUGUGAUCUCCAUGACUUGUGUGUUUUAUGAAUUUUCAAUUUAGUGAUCUGCUGGUAUGAAUUUGUAAAUUAAGCUGUUGUACAGUCUUUCCACAGGGGUUGAGACUGUUUUUAGAAGCAAACUGUGUGAUUUUCAGGACUUCUAACAUAGAUUUAGUCUGAAUGUUUGAACAGUUAUAUGCACUUAUGGUUGAGUGUUUAAAAUGUCUAUUACAAUCCUCACUUAACAGUGUGACUCUUUAAAAUUCUAAUAGUUAACAGCUGUUAAUAGAAUAAGCCAAUUCUGAUUAGAUUUUAUCAGGGAAUCUGUUUAAGAUAUGUUUGGUGACCAAAACAUAUGUGUGAUAUAGUUAUACUUUUGAAAUUUUUUCCUUUUUCUAUAUCCCUUUAGUCCAGCCUCUUUUCUCCGUUGUUUCACUAUCUGCCUCUUCCCUUUAGCUGGGAAAAUGAGUGCUGGCAUACUAUGCAGUUUUCAUGUUUCCACUGUAAGUCAGAAAAUGCCUCACAUUUCUGGCAUGAAAGCUAGAACUUUGCCAUUUGUCUACAGGAGAUGAACCAGACAUUAAGUUACUAAAUAUAAAUUAGCCAAAUUCAUCAGUCUCAAGAAUGAAGGUAUGUACUACUACAGUUCUGUUAGAAGUUAAUUUUCAGCUUCUAGGAAAAGACCAAACUUAAAAAACUUCAAGCUACCAGUUACUGAGAUGUUAUGGGAACUGCUACAAACAACCUGUUUCUAAACUCAUUAAAAGUCUGGACCAAGGUAUUUGUCCUCUUUGGGAAUCCUGGAUUGCUCCAGAUACCUUCAAAUAUUCUACUGUAUAGUUUUGGUAUGCUCCAUAGUUCAUUAAUAAGAAAAGGCCAUUUUAUUUAAAAUUGAGGCUCACCAUUUUCUUGUCUUGGGGAAGUAACUCAUGAUUAAUUUAGAAAUGCAAUUCAGAAAGGAAAGAGCAGAAUUUUCUAGGAACUGACCUUAGUUUAUCCUGUUAUUCCUUGGAGGAGAUAAAAGGUAUGUUAGGAUUUAUGAUACUAAGCACAUAUGCACACACAUGCACGCAAGAGCACACACACAUACACACACACGCACACACGCAUGCACAAAUGGACUUCUUUGAAGCUGCAUUUUAUGAAAUGAGCAAAAUUUGCAACUCCACAUAUGCUACUACAUUAAUGUGGCAAUUUCCUUUUCCCCCAUCAGCACAAACUGCUGCUUGCAACUUUUAUUAUAUGUUUGAUGGCAACUCAUUCAUACCAGCAGCCUCCAGAUACUUUGAUUUUUGCUUUUAGUCUGAGUGCUUCUGCCAUUCCCAGGCCAGCACUUGUGGUGAAACCAUGGCCAGGGUUCCUUAGCAGCACCAGGCACCAAUCAAGCUGUUCCCAAGGAACACACAUAGGGUAAGAGGAGGAUGGUGGGUAGGUAACUAGUUCUGUGGCUGUGCCCCUCCCACACAGACCUGUCAAGCCAUGUGGGCAGGUGGUACUUGCAAAUAAGGAGUACCAUCAACCCAAAAGGUGUUAGAUGAUAGACAUGUCCCAAUUAAAGUCAAUUGAGGUAACUGCUCAAACAGCAGCUUUGUGAUUAAAAUGAAACAUUACAGUGGUUCAGUUGUGUGGCUUUUAAUUAAAUGAUUUGUAGCUUUUGGCUCAAUGAUUUUGAGGCUUUUCUCUAAUAAUAAGAGGUUCUGACUAUUAUUUGGGAACAAAAAAGAGUUCUCUUAUUUUGUAAGAUCAAAAUGUUUUGUAGAAUCUUUGUGGUUUAGUUAAAUAUGCCCUUAUUUACCCAAAAUGUUAUUUAUGACUGUGUGCUUGGUCUUGAGCUGACCCUUUGCUAUUGGCCGGUAAUGAGAACAUUUGGUGUAAAUGCUUAUUGACUGUGCUGUCAACCACUAUCAUGGGUAAACUCCAAAGACCUUUUUGUUUUGGCUUUAAGACCAUAUGAUUUUUCUGUAGCACCGAGAGCUUUAGAAGGUCAUGUUGAUUUCAGGCUGUGUCCACACUGUUGUUUUGCUGAUGUUGGUUCUAAUGGCCCUAUUUUGGGUGAUAUGCUGUACCUCUGCUGCUCACACUGCCCUUGAGCUGUGACACAGCAGGAUUUGCUAUUGCUAUUGUCUGUCUGGAAGGGACUGAAUGACCGUGAGGUCAUUACACAGCUAUGAAUGUAUUUGCUUCCAACAUCUCCCAAAGUGAAUCUAAUCUUAAAACUAUACAUUGUAAGUAUUCUGAAAUUGGAAAACGUUUAUUUUAAAUAAAAUUAGGUAAUGUUGCUUUUUAAGCAUAAUAAAUACAUGUAUCAAA